AAAGAACGAAACAAAAUAGCUUCUCUCAUUUUCAAAAGUAUCUGAUCAGUUCCCAAAACCACAAAUGCGAUAUUUUCGAUGACCAAUGUAAUGUCCCCCGAAAAAGAAAACGAAGCUUGAGAACCGGGUCCUCGCUCAAUCAACGCCUGUAAUAUAUCCCGACGUAAACAAACAAAAAAUUCAUGCACACUAUUCCUUACCUUGACAGCCACAGGAAAACAGACAAACACAAUCCAUCAACUUCACAAUCCAAAUUCCAUCCAUUUCUCAUCCCUCUCGAUCUCGAUACGAUCCUUCUAAUCCCUCUCGUCACCUGGUCACUUUUUAAAAAUCAUGGAGAAGAACCAGUCUGGAAAAUUCGGUAGUUUUACUCGCAUUAACGGAUACAAAAAAAAUGAUUUCGCUCUCAGCCCGAAAACUCCUUCCCCCAGGAACCAUUCGGCUCAAGACGAUGAAAUCCUCCAAGAAUCACAUACUCAUACUGAAAUCGUCGAUACCGAGGAUUUUCGAGGCAAUGUCCAGCAGCUUUCUGCGGAAAUCGAUGAGUUUCUCGAUGCUCUAUCCAGUUCUCCCCCGCCUGAUGUCCCUGACUCUGUCGAGGCCUUAUCGAAACUCGUCGAAUCUCGCAUUGCAUUGUACACAACUUCUCGUCAUAAAUUUGGACUAACCACGACUCACGAAGGAGAAGAAGAGGCUUUUAUUGCAUCCGUGAAGCAAAUUUAUAAAUUAACCAACGCAUUCACUGAAUUCUCCUCUGACGACACCAACACGUCCCUGAAUCGGACGAGCGCCGUUCUGCAGAAGGCGAUGAUGUUCAUCGAAGACGCGUUUUGGAACCUGCUAGAAGAUUCCAGGAAGGACUGCUGCUUGAUUUCGAAAGCGGAGGAGGAUAAUAUCGAGAAAAAACAGAUGGAGAAGCUCUACAUUUUGGCGAAUACCAUGGUCUGUUCAGGAUACGAAACAGAGUGCCAGCAAGUCUACACGCUCGAAAGGCGAACCGUUUUUAAAGAUGAAUUAGAAAAACUCGGGUUCGAGAAAUAUAACAUAGAACACAUUCAGAAGAUGAAUUGGGACCUUCUAGAAGGAGAAAUUGCGCGGUGGUCAACUGUGGUCAAGCAUUGCUCCACAGAUUUGUUACCAAGAGAACGUAAGCUCGUUGAUUCCGUCUUCUCAGAUUAUCCUUCUAUUAGUUGGAACCUUUUCGCGAACCUUGCGAGGACGGUCUUGAUUCAGCUCCUUGGUUUUGCUGAGGCUGUGGCUAUAACGAAAAGCUCAACUGACAAGCUGUUUAAAUUUCUUGACAUGUACGAAACUCUACGUGAUCUUAUUCCCGCGGUUAGUAGUGAUUCUGGAGAGGAAUCGGAGAAUGAGCUCAAGUCUGAGAUUGAGAAUGCCAGAGAUAGGAUUGGCCAGGCUGCUGUCAAUAGUUUUACUGAUCUUGAGAACUCAAUUAAGAACGAUGUCGCGAAAACCCCUGUCCCGGGGGGUGCAGUGCACCCCUUGACACGUUACGUCAUGAAUUAUCUGAAAUAUGCAUGCGAAUUCAAUGAUGCUCUCAAAGACAUAUUCGAGAAGCACACAAAAUUCGACAGCAGCGCUAGCGAUGAAUCAUCAGGCAGUACCUCGCCUUUUUCUCAACGGCUGGUGCAAGUCAUGGAUUUAUUGGAUGCGAACCUGGAGGCCAAAUCAAAGCUCUACAAAGAUCCGUCCCUGUGCUACAUUUUUCUAAUGAACAACGGAAGAUAUAUAUUGCAGAAGGCCAAGGGCACGGCCGAGAUCCACCUAGUGAUGGGCGAUACCUGGUGCCGAAAAAGAUCAACAGUGGUUAGACAUUAUCACAAAAGCUAUCAAAGAGAUACAUGGGGCAGGCUAUUGCAGUGCAUCAGUCUUGAGGGGCUGCAACAGGGGAAUGGCAGGGUCUCGAAGACGGUUCUGAAAGAAAAGUUCAAAAAUUUUAACACCAUGUUUGAUGAGAUUCACAAGACUCAGAGCACUUGGAUUGUAAGCGAUGAGCAGCUUCUGUCUGAGCUGAGGGCUUCCAUAUCAGCAGUCGUAACUCCGGCAUACCGAUCAUUUCUGGGAAGGUAUAGGCAUGUAUUGGAUGGCUCACGAUCACAUGUAGAAAAAUAUAUAAAGUAUCAACCAGAAGACAUUGAGACAUUGAUAGAGGAGCUUUUUGAAGGCAAUGCUUUGUCCAUGGCAAGAAGGAGAUAAUGAAUUAGUACUAAUCAUCGUCGAGCAAGCUGGUGUUUUUCGGACAUUAUGCUAACUUGGCUUACACUGAGUACAUACAUCCAUCUAUAUGUUCAUUGUAAUUUGUUAACCUGUUUCAAUAUAU